CGGCGGCGCCGAGGAGGAGCGCGGUGGUGGAAAUGGUAGCAAGAUGGCGGCGCUGAAGGAGGAGCAGAGCUACGGACUGUCCUGUGGAAGAGUGAGUAAUGGCAGCAACGUCUCCGUAUUUCACGUUAAACUGACUGACAGCGCCUUGAGGGCCUUCGAGGGUUACCAAAACAGCAAGAGCUCCUUGUCUAAUCGGCCGUCGAUCCGAUUCACCGGGAAGCAGGGGCAAAUCUCAAUCCCCAGGCCGGAGUGUCCGAAUGAGCUGCGGACUUUCAGCUUCUAUCUGUCCAACGUGGGGCGGGACGGCCCCCAGGGGAGCUUCGACUGCAUGCAGCAGUAUGUCACCGGCGACGGGAGCAUUCAGCUGGACUGCCUGGGCGGGAUACAGGAUAAAAUCACUGUGUGUGCCACGGACGACUCCUAUCAGAAAGCACGGCAGAGCAUGGCACAGGUGGAGGAGGAGACCCGGAGCCGCGGGGCAAUCGUUAUCAAACCGGGAGGGAGAUACGUGGGUAAGAAGGUGCAGAUCCGGAAGCCGGCCCCUGGCAACAUCGACGUGGCCCCGACGAGGAGGCAGGCCCGGCCGGUGAACAUGGCCAACACCCUGAAGAAGAGCAGCGGCAUGCCCAGCGCGGCCUCGCCCAGGCCCUUCAGGGAGCGGCUCAUACACCUGCUGGCACUGAAGCCCUACAGGAAAGCAGAACUCCUCCUGCGCUUGCAGAAGGAUGGGCUCCCUCAGCAGGACAAGGACUCGCUGGACAGCCUCCUGCAACAGGUGGCGAAUCUGAAUGGGAAGGACGGCACCUACACGCUGAAGGACCUGAUGUUUAAAGAAGUGCAGAAAGCCUGGCCUGGAUACUGCGAGGGAGACCAGCAGCUGCUGAAGAGGAUACUUGUCAGGAAGAUGUGCCAGCCACAGAACAGCCUGGGUGUACCAGGGGAGACCCCUGCAAGCCCACCCAAAGAGCACAGCAACUCCGCCUCUCCUUCUCAGAAACGCCCGGCUGUGGACUUCAUCGACCCAUUGGCCAAUAAGAAGCCCCGGAUCUCCCACAUGACCAGCAAAGCCCAAGGCGCGUUGAACGGGAAGCUGGGCUCCUCCAAUGGGAAGGAUUGUGCUCCUGGGGCCCCGGUGCCGCUCCCGGCUGAUCCGGUGAGCUCCAGCUCCCACUUACACAGGCUGGAGAUCCCCCGGCCCUACGACCCCCUCUCGGACGUCAGCAACGACUCCAGCCACAACGGCUGCGAGGGGCAGGAGGCAGCGGCAGCAGAGCGCCUGAGCCACCCCCCGGCCCCCAGCGCGGGGCUCCCUGCCCAGCCCAGCGAAGCAACCUUCCCCAGCACCGCGGCCGGAGCCCCUGCCUCUGCCCCCUCCUCCGCCCCCUCCUCCGCAUCUCUGCACGGGAAAUCCAAGAAGAAAUCCAAGAAGCACAAGGACAAGGAGAAAUCCAAGGAGAGGGGCGCGGAACCGAAGAGAGGCUGUGAAUUUAUUACGGAGGCGCAAGGGAGCAGUGUUCCACAAAGCAGCACGGACCUGAAUGGGGCGUGCAGCAAUUCUAGUGUUCCUACGUCAACGUCGGAGAUGCCGGACUAUUUAUUGAAAUACUCGCUGAUCGCGUCCCAAGACCAGCGGCAGAGUUACAAGAACGACUUCAACGCAGAGUACAACGAGUACAGAGGCCUGCACGCCAGGAUCGAGCGCAUCACCCGGCAGUUCACAGUGCUGGACACGGAGCUCAGACAGCUGCCGCAGGGCACCGAGACUUACAAGACAAUCCAUAAUCAGAUCUUACAAGAGUAUCGGAAAAUUAAAAAGAGUAAUCCCGAUUACAGCCAGGAGAAGAACCGCUGUGAAUACCUGCACAGCAAGCUGGCUCACAUAAAGAAACUGAUAGCAGAGUACGACCAUCAGCACCUGCAGAACUGGCACUAGGGCUGCCCAGUCACUGGACCCUGCUCGUGGAGACACUCUCCUGGGCUGAACUGUCUCUGAAUUCCCCUUUUCAAAGGAGCCACGGCGGGGGAGCGACUCCCCCUGGUGGUGGGGAGGGGGGGGGGGGUGCAGCAGCACGCUGUCAUUGUGAGUGAAGGAAGAGGACGAGAGAGAAUGUGCUACAAGAUGUGUUCUGGGUGUCGCCUUUAUUAUUAUUAUUAUCAUUAUUAGUAUUAUUAUUAGAAUUAUUAUUUCAAGUUCAGGUCUACACAAGCCCUGUGAUUAAAAAGCAUUUUUUUUUUUUUUUAAGAAAACCAAUUCAGAUAUUUGGGAAGGGGGGGUGGGGUGCGACACAAUGAAACAACCAAACUGUGGAAGGAUUUGACAGAAGAGAUGCCAAACGCUACAAGUGUUUCUCGUAGGUAGAUUUUCUUUUUCUUCUCUUGUUCAAAGAAAUAGAAGGUUCUGAAGCUUAAGAACUCUUGUGGAUAAUUGUAUUAUCCCUUCUAUUCUAUUAUUAUUAUUAUUAUUAUUAUUAUUAUUAUUAUUAUUAUUAUUGUUAUUAUUUAAUUUAUUUUGGUUCUCAUGUUGGAUUGAUAAUUCUGAUGCAUCAGUACUUUUCCUUAUCGGGUCUACAAGUGUGCGUUGUUUUUUUUUUUUUAAAAUGUUCAAUCUUUUUUAUUAAUUUAUAAAAAGCUGUGUCAGCCAGUUUCCCUAUCACAUCAAACAGCCUUUUCCAGUCCCUUAGCGUUAUCUACCCCCUACACACACACACACAACUCUACAUACAAACUUCCUCAUCGUAUUCUCAAGCGCCUGACACUGAAGAUACCCCCUAACGACCCGACCCCUCCUAAGGAGUGCCUGCCCUCUCUUCUGUUCCAGCUCAGGGGACCCCAGCGUGCCACAGUGGUGGAGGAGGAGGGUGGAGUUUCUGCUGUCAUUUCUCAAUCGGGCGGGGGUGAGGAGAGGUGGGGGGGGGGGGAAUCUUCCUCGUUUUUCAACAGUUUCGCGGUUUCAGUUUUCAUCUUCCUGCUCUCAAGUCCAUCCUCGCCUCGCCCCUAAAUGUUUGGGGUUUGGCUCAGAUGUUGGCGCCCCCUGUGUCCCUGACUUCUCCUCUGUGGGGGUGUGGUUUCCAAACCUGACCAAUGGAAAGCACCAGCCUGCCCCUCCUGCAGUCCUGAAGCGCUCUCUGUGCCCGCUCUCGCUGCCUCGCUCCACUUCAAGCUUCUCUGCUGCAGAAGACAUUUGAUUGUAUCAGAAUUCUUCAGCGUGUGUGUGGGGGUUUUUUUUUUUUGUUUGUUUGCAGCGUUAGGAAAGCCUUAUACGUGUGUGUGUUUUUGUUUGUUUUUUACUUGUAUUUGAAUCGACUAAUCUGGAAGUAGUCCUCCACUACGGACAAGUUAAACCAAGUAUCAGAAGGCAGUGUUUCCUGUUGAACUCCCACUGCUGUGCGGGUCGUCAGUGCUAAAUCUGAGCUGAAAAUAAAUGAGCUCAUAGAACAUCUCUCUGCUGUGGGAACCGCAGGUUCUGUGACGGGGUUUCCCAGAGGGAUCACAAUGGAAGGAGCUCCCUUUUUAAAGGAGUGUUUGGGAGGCAGCAGGGCUCGUUCAUCUCGUCUCAAAUCUCCCUUUACUAGAAGCACAUUUCAGUUGCUACAGAAACCUGCCUGGCUGGCUGUGGACGGAAAUAGACUCCCCCGAUUUUAUUUCAUGUAGUCGUUUUGUAUUUUAUUUAUUUAUUUAUUUUUCUUUGCUGCUCCUAAAGGUCAUCGUUUUAUACACGCGACACUCUAACUCCUUUUGGGUUCAAAAGCAGUGAAACUCAGAUAAAUGAAAUUGUGAUUUAUUCACGUCUGCAUGCUUCGCACAACCCCGAGUGCUUCAAUCGCUUUGUCCCGCACCAGUCCCCUUUUUUGCUUCCCAGUUUAAUUAAUUUCUCCAUUUUUUUGUUUAAAUAACCGGUACAUUUGUGAAGCUCUCGCUGCAAUGAUACAUUAAACCCAGUCAGUUGGACGGCUCUAGUUUUAAGGCUGAGCUCACUUUGAUGGUGGCGCUGAGGUCUGUGGUGUUUUAAAGUGCAGCUUGUUGGACGAGUCCCUGCAGCUAACACUGUCCCUUAUAAAAGAUUACUAGAGUGAAAGCAUGCUCAAGCAUAGGCAAGCAUUGUAAAGCCCAGAGCAGUACGGUAAAGCAUAGUCAACAUUACAGAAAACAUGGUAAACUAUAGUAUAGUGUAACCAAGGGAAAAAUACCACAGGAAACUUUUAUAAGGGAUGUACCAGGAAGGUAUAGUCUGAAAUACUACAGUAAGCUGUUCCACUGUCAACCUCCUCCUUUGAUUUAAUGAAUUCCUGAAAUGCAGCCUACCUGAAAGCCUUUCUAACUAGCCCCUCUUGCAUCUGAAAUCCUCAGUUUCUGUGGAUCUGGGAGCGUCUCUGUCUGUUUCUGUGGAUCUGGGAGCGUCUCUGUCUGUUUCUGUGGAUCUGGGAGCGUCUCUGUCUGUUUCUGAUCAUGCUCCACUCGUGGGCUCCUUCCCUGUCAUUUGAUGGCUGUGCUCAGCUGGCUGUGGAAGGUCAGUUUGCAGUUUCUGCAGCGUGGUGAUUUUUCUCCUUGCUGGGUUCUGGACAGGCCGCUGUGUCCGAUGGGCUGAGCGCUGUGGCGAUUUUGUUCGAUGUUUGUUUGUGUGCUGAAAUGCACAGGGGUGUGUGCGCUGGGGUCGUGUUAAGAUGGUGCUGGUUUUGUGAAGGCUAAAGGGAACCCAAUUUUUUUUUUUUUUCCUGAUCGGAGAGGGCAAGGUUAGAAGUUGUUGGAAAACAAGAUACUUCAAUAAAUGUUCAGCUUCCAUGAAAACAGUAUUUCACUUUUUUUUUUUUUUUUUUAAAACACUUGACCAUUGGGAACAUUUUCGGAGCGCGUGUGUAUAAUAUAUCUAUUAAAAAUAAAUGCAUUUUAACAGAUGUAAGAGAAUACAAAGAGAAUUUAGUUUUUGAUGAUAUGGAAUGGCUUGAUCUCCAGUUUGUAAAUGACUAAACUAUAUAUAAUAUUUUUGCAAAACAAUGACUUUACAAAGGAAAGCAACCAUGAAUAUGUAUGUAUUCCUAAACUUGUAGACUAGGGAGACUUAACAGUAUAUUGAGAAUAUGAAGAAAUAAUAUUAAAAAACCUGACGCGUGUGACCUGGUCUGGGAGGGAUUGGGCUGUGCUGUGCCCAGUCCUGGAUUGUGGUGCUGGAUUUGUCACUAAAGUGAACUGUUCCAGCUGUGUGAGCAGCUGCUAAUUCUCUACUAACUGGAAUUCUACAGCCUGUGAAAGAAAUGAAUUUACUUCUCCUGCGUCCGUGUUUAGCAUGGGACACAUUGCUGGGACCCCGUCAUUUUAAUACAGGGGUGCAAGUUAGACUCCCAUUGCAUAGCAAGUUGAUCCAUUCCUGUUAGUUUUUUUUUAAAACCAUGAGUUUAAUAAGACACACCUGUGCUUGUUUCCUAGACACACUGUGUCUUACCAAGCUGGUAGUAACACCUGGAGUCUUAUUUCUAUCCUUGUAAAGGCAGUUCUGCAUGAAUUGUGUUCUGGGUGCUGCAGGUGGAGUAUUCCCUUUCUCCUUCACUCGGUUUAAUCAGAUCAGGUUACAAAACUAUCUCUGGCUCUUGGGGUUCGAGUUACGAGAUGCAAAGAGAUUUGCUCUUUUAAAGUUAGGCAUCUGAUCUGGAAUUGUCAGGUUGGCACAGGGGAGAUUUUUUUUUUUUUUUUGGGGGGGUCGGUAGGAACUGAAGACCUGUUUUUAAAAGGGUCAUUUUAAUUUUAGCUUUUUUUUAUUUAUUAUUUUUCCCCUUCCUGCUCUGUGGAGAGUAACCCUUAAUUGAGCCGUGGAGUCGUGGGUUCGUGAGCUUCUCCACUUCAUGUUAAAAUGAUGAAUCCAGGCGGGGUUGUGUUUUCAGUAUUGCCGGCAGUGGUCCCUUUCUGUUCCUCUUGUAUUUAACUUGCUUAACCCUCAUAAUAACAUUAAAUGCACUUUACCCAACUUGUACAGAUAUGUAUAGAGCUUUAUUUCUUACGUUUUAAAAUCCAUGGAGGGGAAGGGGUGGGGGGGGGGGGCUGUGGCUAUGGUCUCUGCUGGGGGGUUUAUAAUAAACUUUUUUUUUUGUAAAGCACAGUUUUGUAUUGUGUUUUGGGAAUGCAGGCUGAUGGUCAAUAUUACACACUCUAGAUACAGCUGUACUGCAAGCCUCUGUUUCUCUACUACAUUGUGAUGAGCUGUGAAGAGGGACUAGUGGAUGUGCUUGCAGUGAGUUCACAGUGCAAUGCAGGUCAGCCUCCACCCUGGUGUUAACGUGUAACCUGGGUUUGAAAACACGCGUGUGCCACACAGACACACGCUCGCUUUUACACUGGAGUGAGUCUUUGCUUGGCGCCUGUCUGUUUGCCAGACUCUUCCAUAAGCAAGCCUCCUGCGAACUCUUACCCUACAGAACGGAAGCAGAGCUUGUUUUACAUUCCUAACAAAGGUAGCAACCUUAUUAAAGGGUGGAGGGGGAAAAACAAGGUGGAAUUCAUCAUUACAAGGAAGUAUCGCUAGAUCUGUCACAGUUAUAUGACUAAUUCACUACUGUCUCUGGCAGGUCAAAAAAAAAAAAAAAAAAAAAAGCUUUAUUUUUUCAGUUUGUUUUUCUGUCUUAAAGAAAUAUCAUACUAAUCCAGGCAGCACAGAACCGCGGUUGAGCACAAGAUCCGUGGAAUGGUCUGUUUCAUGUUCUUCCCACCAGGGGGUGCUGUUGUAUUAGAAGCGAUCCCUAGAGCCCCUUGACCAGCCCAAGCAGGAAGGUGCUGUACUGGGCGUUGUGAUGAGAAUACGCAGCGCUGUCCCCUGCGCGGUGGAUACGCUGCCAGUGUGUAAGAACCGGAAAGCGCUACUGUCUUCCUAACUCUGGUGUUAGGGUGUAUAUUGUAAUUUAACUGUCCCUGGGAUUGGAGACAGUUUGUGUAUUCAUACGUUUUUCACUGUAAACUAACCCUUUGUGAAUCCCACUAAAUUGUUGUAAAAAAUUAUAAAUAAAUAAAAGAAACUGGAAUUCACCAG